AUGGAGGGGCGAGUGGGGGCGCUGCGGAAGCAGGCGGGGGCGGAGAGGGAGGGUAGGGUGGCGACGGCGGCGCAGCAGGCGCGGCUGGGGGCGGAGGUGGCGGCGAUGGAGGCGCGAGUGGGGGAGCUAAGGGAGCGGGCGGAGGUGGAGAGGGAGGGGAGGGUGGCGGCGAAUAGGGAGGUGACACGUGUGGUUGAGGAACUGAGGCGGGCGGAAGAGCGUGUGGCAGCAUGCGAGCAAGAAAAGCAGACGCUGAGAGGUGAGAGCCCCUCCGUCGCUGCUGCCCUUCCGAACCCAACUCUUCCUCUGCCCUCCCAAACCCCUCCGUGCAGACGAGGCAGCAGUGCUGGCGCAACACGAACUGGGCCUCAGAGCUGCGCUGGUGUGAAACACGGGCGUGCCGCCGUGUGUCCUCCCUCCCUCCCCAUCCCUUGCUUCCAUUGCCCCCUCACACCCCUCCGUGCAGACGAGGCAGCAUUGCUGGCGCAACAGGCAGUGGGCCUCAGAGCUGCGCUGGUUAGAGGAGGCGGCAGCGCUGGCGCAACAGGCGCUCGACCUCAGAGCUGCGUUGCAAGCAGCAGAGGCGGAGAGGAGUAUUUGAGUCGACUCAAAAUGCGCUGCCCUCCCCAACCCCCAACCAUGCGUGCAGAGGAAGCGGCAGCGCUGGCGCAACAGGCACUCGACCUGAAAGACGCUCUGCAAGCAGCAGAGGCGGAGAGGGGGAGAGUUGCUGCAGCGGCUGCUGCUGCUGAGAGCGAGAGGGAUGAACUGAGACGAGGGGUGGUUGAGGUGAGGCGAGAGGUGGAUGAGGUGACGAUACUACAGGUGAAGGAGGUUCAGAUGCUGCAGAGGGAGAGGGACGAGGCGAGGCGAGAACUGAAGGAGGCGAGGAGGGAGUUGGAUGAAGUGCGAUUACUGCAGGUGGAGGAGGUGCUGCCGCUGCAGAGGGAGAGGGACGAGGUGAGGCGAGAAAGGGACGAGGCAAGGAGUGAAAGGGACGAGGUGAGGCGAGAGUUAGAGGAGGUGAGGAGGGAGCUUGAUGAAGUGAGAUCAUUGCAGGUGGAGGAGGCGCAGGUGCUGCAGAGACAGAAUCAGCAGCUGCCUUGCCAGAUCCAGCAGCCUCAGCAGCAGCCGCAGCCGCCGCAGCAGCAGCGUUCAUCUCAGCAGCAUGAGCAGCAGCAGCGGCAGCAGCAUGAGCGCGUGGAGUGUCGGUUGGGCAGCCGCACGCAUCAUGUGCUGGUGGAUCGCCGCUUGUUACACUUGCUCUCACCAGACGCUGCUCGGAGCAGCAGCAGCGGUGACGCAGCAAGGGCUGAGGGCACUGGAGCAGGGGGGAAUGAGGCCGAGAGAGGAACUGGAGGAGAGAGCGAGAGAGGAAUGGUAGCAACAGGAAGGGCAGCUGGGGUGGUGUGUGAUUUGCUGGAGGCUGCAACAGCGGCUGUGGCAGCAGCAGUGGGGGACAGGCAGGCGAGCAGCGAUGCGCUGGCUUUACUAUCACAGGCACAGGUGAUACUAUCGAGGGUGAUAGUACCAAAUGCUGGCGAUUCAGGGAGCUUCGGAAGUAGCAGAAGCAGUGCACACCCGUUAACCCCUUCAUCCUCCUCUCCCUUUGGGCUUCCCUCCUCCUCGUCCUGUUCAAGCUCAUCCUCUUUAAAGGAUGCUGCGAUAUUGGCUGCAAGAGCAGAGAGGGAGCGGCUAGUGAGGAGAUUGGAGGAGGUGGAGGCGCGAUGGGAGAGGUCCCAGGACGAGCUCCGGAGGAGUUUGGGGGAGAAAGAGGAGCUUAAGAAGGAGUUGAGUGCGGUUCUGGGGAGUGUGGCAGAAGAACCGAGGGAGUGGGCGGAGAGGAGGGAAGAGGAGAGGAGGAAGAGUAAUGGGGUGAUGAUGAUGCUGGGUGUGGUGGAGAGAGGGAGGGAGGAAGCGGAGAGGAGGAGGAGGGAUGCGGAGAGGAGGUGUGAGUGGAUGGAGAGGAGGUUAAGGGAAGCAGAGAGAAGGCUGGAGGAGAGGGGGUUGGGGGUGGGCGCUGGGAUGGGGAUGGGGGUGGGAGCGGGGGUGGAGGUGAGUGGUAAGGUGGAAGGAGAGGGUGGGAAGUUAGUGGGGAAGGGUAAGGGGAGUGAGGGGAACGGGGCAAGUGUGGGAGGAGGUGGGGAUGGGGGAUGCGAGGGUGGGGGAGGAGACAGAGAAGGGGAGGUGAUAUCAGGGGAAGGGGAGAGGAAGUGGCAUCAAGCAGCAGCGAAGCAGCAGCAAAGGCAGCUGAAAGGGCAGCAGCAGGCGGGGGAACGAGAGCAGCAGGUACGAGGGGAACAGCAGGUACGAGGGGAACAGCAGGCAGAGAAGAUAGAAGGUAAUGGGCAGGACAGAACGGAGGGCGCACAGCACGAGCAGCAGCAAGGGCUGGGGGGGCAGGAGAAGCAUGAGGGGCAGGGGGGACGGAACCAGCAGUGGCAGCAGCAGCGGCAGGAGCAGGCAGAAGGGCAGCAACACGUGCAAGCGCGGAGCCGAAUGGAGCGGGUGUCAGUGUGGGCCCAGCAAAGGAGCCCGCACUACCGCCGAGAGUAUCGCCACUAUCAGGACCGGCAGCAUCGAGGCUACCACGCGUCCCCAAUGCCCUCCCCCUCUUCCUCCGCCUCUGGUCAUGCUGGUGGUGCUUCCAAUGCAGCUCCCUCUGCCUCUGCCGUUGCUCCUCCCCUUCCGACUAUGUCCACUCCUUUUGCUGCACCUGUAGUUGCUGCAAUCCCGUCUUCUACUGCUGCUGCUGCUGCUGCUACUUCUGUUGCUGCUGCUGAGGCUCAAUCUUCGUUUUCUUCUGCUGAAGCUCCUUCUCAGCACCUGUCCUCUGCUUCUGCUGGUGUGAUGCCUGGUGCUUCUGGGCCUGGUGCUUCUGGUACUGUUGCUGCUGGUGCCUCUGUUGGGAACACCAGCACAAGCAGCAGCGGUUGCGAUGUUAAAAUUCCUACACACAUCGCCCUCUCUCACUCUGGGUCCAUUUCUGAGACCAGCUCGGUCCGGCAAGGCAACAGGGUAGGUAGAGAGAGGGCACACAUGCAUGGGGGGCACAGUGGUGUAAGAGGGGGAGAAGGGUUGGAGGCAGCUGAUUGGCUGUCAGAGCUCUCUGAUAACACGAGCAUGGAUGAGGUUGAUCAAAUACUGGCUCAGAUGGGGCUCAGAUUGGGGGAGGCGAGCGCGGGGGAAGGAAAGGUUGCAGGAGGGCCGGAGGCAGAUGGCAUGAGAGGGGUUUAUGAGGUUGGGGUGAGGAGUGCAGGGGAGCAUGCUAAGGAGAGAUUGCGGUAUGAGCAAAGGCAGCUGAGGAGAAUGAUUAGGAAAGGGGCAGGGAGUCCAAUGCAGUUUGGGGAUACAAUGAGGUUUGGGAGAGGGAACGAGAGUGGAGGCGAGUUGACGCCGAAGUCAAUUGACCCUCUCAAGAUCCAGUCAUCAUCACAGCAUGCAAGAGAUGCUACGAUUCUGUAUCAAUAA